CAAACAGCUGACGGGCAGAAGCAGAAGCUUCAUGCGCAGAUUAAUGGCAACGGCUUCCAGGCGAGAUGUGCGCGUACACUGUUUGACCAAAAUUGACAGUUUGUGGAUGAAAUGCGCUGACUACUCUUUUUAGAAGUUCUCAUUUUUUGCUCUGGAUGGAAUGAAGGUUGGGUAGGAGAAAGAACGAGAGAGAACUAAUGAACGUUUGGUAAGAGAGAAGGGUCGCCCAAAGGAUACAUUGCAUGACUCUGAUAUAAGGACAUGUAUGGAAUAGAACAAUUGCAAGAAAGGAAGACCAUUUCGGAAUAUUUUUGUGCAUGCACAUUUUGAAUAAAAGAGGGAGAAGUUCCUCUUAUUUUCUGUCUUCAUCAAUUCAUUAAUAUUGUUUUCUCUUGCUACUAAGAUUUUGACAACUAUUCACCUUUGACAUACAGGCAACUUCAGGUAACGGGAAAAGAGGACACUGACUUUUGUAAUAUUAUUUUCACAUUGAAUAUUAAAUUCUAUGUGAACCACUAAGUUGUAGCCUAUAUUUGUUUCUGUAUCAAGCCAUAACCCAACCAUGCAGCAGGAACGCUUGCUGAAGGUUCUAGUCAUCGGUGACCUGGGGGUCGGGAAGACGUCCAUAAUAAAGCGUUAUGUCCAUCAGAUAUUCUCACAACAUUACAGAGCCACCGUCGGAGUCGACUUCGCCCUCAAACUCCUCAAUUGGGAUCACAAGACGGUCGUGCGACUGCAGCUGUGGGACAUCGCAGGCCAGGAGCGCUAUGGCAACAUGACGCGGGUUUACUACCGCGAGGCUGUGGGAGCGUUGGUGAUCUUUGACAUGACGCGGGCCUCUACCUUCCAGGCUGUCCUCAAGUGGAAGGGAGACCUCGACUCCAAGGUUGCUCUGGGUAACGGGAGGCCAGUUCCGGCCGUCUUAUUGGGUAAUAAAUGUGACCAGCUGAGUACGGGUCUCUGUUCCAAACUGCCCAAACUGGAGAACUUCACUAGAGACCACGGCUUUGUAGGGUGGUACGAGACCUCCGCCAAGGACAACAUCAACAUCGACGCGGCCAUCAUGUGUUUGGUAGAGAGCAUCAUGGCUGUAGAAGAGGAGAGGCCGCCAGCUGGAGAUCCUAGCACCCUGGUCUCACCACGCUUUGACUACAAUAGGACAGGGAUGGCUGGACUGCCUGGGUGCGAUGGGUGUAAAAAGUGACCUCUGCCUGGCUGAAGGGAGAUGGGGGAUAUUUGAGGGAUGAGAGAUGGGGGGGAAGGAGUGGAGGAGAGAGGAUAGCGAGCUUUCUAGUUGUGAUGGGUAUAAUAAGUUAACUUUGCCAGGCCAGAGGGACAUGGGCAAUAUCUGAAGGGGGGAUUAAGGUAGAGAGAAGGACAGUGGCUUUUGACUCCAAUGAACUCUCUAUGCUAGAAUGGAAGGGGACCGAGGGGGAGAGAUGAAGGAAGAGAUGGGAAGGAGUAGGGGGAUAGAGAGACACACAGAGAGAGAGAUGGGAAAUAUAGUGUGUGUAAAAGAGAGAGCGAUAGUAGCAUGAUGCAUUAGAUAUGGAUGGACUGCUACAAAGGGUCAUGUGAACUGAGCUAAGCCUGGAUGACAUGAGAGAUCUAAUCACAUCACAGUGGAGGACAUAAGCCUCCACAUUGGCAAGGAAACAGCUGUGAUGUUAUCAAUAGCGUUGCUAUUGCAACACACUCAUCACGAAGGCUGCUUUUGUAAAUUCACUCUGGCCAUCUAAUUCCGAUUUCAGAGCACUCUCAUCUGAGUGUGUCAGAGCGUAGAACAACUGAUGAAUUUACAAACUUUCAACACCCGCUGAAUAAGACCGGUGUCAAUAAACGUCUGCAAGAAAACGUCAUUCAAUUGUUGCCAGGAGCACAGUUACAGGAGCACAGGAGCACAGUUACAGUCACUAAUGCUCUAGAUAACAUGAAAACAGCCUCUGCUAGGGUGAGUAAAAUGGCCAGUGAGGUGUUCUCUCAUAUGUGUCUAGAAGUAGCUAGUGAGCUAGCCAACUUUAGCCAGUUAGCUUGGGUGCUUGUUGCAAGGUCAGAACACUCGAAUCAACCCUUCUCCACGGGUUGAUUUUACAAUCUGACAAUGCUCUGAAUUUACAAACGACCCAGAGCGUACUAUGACACACUGGAGGCAAUUUAUGAACACACCCAUAGUGAAAAAGAGACAGUGUCGUUCUAUACCAAAAUAAGAUAUACCAUCUUCUGUCUGUAUGUGUGCUUGUGUAUUUAGUUAUAACCAUCAACAUUAAACUUCUGCCUCUACACAA